AUGGCCUCUGCCAGCAGGUUCUCUGAAGAGGAGUUCCAGGAGGCCUGUGCAGAACUCCAGCGUCCCCGGGUAUCAGGAUGGGAGAUACCUGUGGUCACCUCAGUCAUUAAGGUCUACCAGUGGCCACUGAAAAAGACUGGACUUCAUGAGUAUAAGGUCUCUGGUAUUGUGAGAUCUCCACCAGAUCUACUUGCAGAUGUCUAUAUGGACUUAGGCUAUAGAAAACAGUGGGACCAGUAUGUCCAAGAACUCCGUGAAAUAAAAGUCGAUGGAGAAGAAGCAGUCUAUUGGCAAAUGAAGUACCCUUUUCCCAUGUCUAACAGAGAUUGUGUCUAUGUGCGGCAGCGGCGAGACCUGAAGUUUGAAGGGCGGAAGGUCCACGUGAUCCUGGCCCAGAGCAUCUCUGUGCCAUGGUUUUCAGAGAAGUCGGGCAUGAUCCGGGUGAAGCAGUACAAGCAGAGCCUGGCAAUCCAGAGCUAUGACACUUGGAGCAGUGAAGUUUUCAUGUAUUACUUCAAUAACCCAGGUGGCCAAAUUCCGUUCUGGAUCCUUAACAAUUUCACCAAGAGUGAAAUUCCUGGCUUUCUCAGAGACUUGGAGAAGGCCUGUCUGAAGUACCACAGAGCCGAAGGGAGAGAUUUGUGA